AUGGAGGCGUCGGCCAACUCCGUUCGGUCGCCCACCUCCUCAGCGCUCCUGCGCGAGCCGUUGCUCAAGUCCUCCGGAAGCAAGGUGACCUUGAGGAUCGCCUCCUCCUCCUCGCAGUCCAAGCUGCCCAAGAUCGACGACGAGGAACGCGCAGCAGCAAAGUCGUUCGUCCAGCAGCUGCGGCAGCUGCCGAAUGAGGUGUACGUGGUCCUUCUUGUGGAUUUCUUGAACUCGUACAGGUCCUUCGGGUUUCGCGCCGUGCAGUACCAGUACCUCACUAACGAGUUUGGCCUCUCGGAUCUCGAGGCGGGCUCGCUACUUGGCAUGCAGGCAUGGCUGCUCGUCGUCUUUGGCAUCCUUGGCGCGAUGCUCGUCGACGCCUUUGGUGUGCGCGCGACGGCGCUGAGCGCGCUGAGCGUGUCCGUCGUCUCGCGUGGCUUGCUCGCGUUUGGCCGCUCGAGGGAGACCAUGACCUUCGCGCUCCUCGGCCUCUCACCCUUCGGGGAGGCGGUGCUCUCCACCGGCAUAUACACGGUCGCCCUCAAGAAACUCACGACCCGUGCCAACCGCGCGUUCGCCUUUGGCAUCCAGUACGGCGUGUUCAAUCUGUCGGGGGCGCUCGCGGACGGCCGCGCGGCCGCCGCCUUCCCGACCAGCUCGUCUGGCGGCUACUCGUCGCCACCGCCCUUCACCCCGGCCGAGCUCGCCAGCCUUCGAGAUCGGGCGACCGCCGAGGAGCGGACGCGCGGCUUCCUCAUUGCGAGAGCUCCAAAGGCGAAGCCGCCGCUGCCGUCGCUCGCCCCGAGCCCAAUCUUUGGGCGUGCCAACGUGGAGGCCCUCGAGAAGGCCACCUCGCCCAAGUCUUGGCUAGCGGCCGCCAGCGCGUCCCUCUUACGAGCCGCGGAGAAUAUCCGCGACCUCUGCGCGCUGCGUGAGUUCUGGCGGGCGCUGUGGCUCUCGAUCUGCCUGAUACUGCUCUCGAAGCAGUGGGGUGACAUGGACCAGCUACUUCCGGCCUUCCUCGAGCGCCACUUUGGCGUCAACUCGCCGAUCUUCACCAUCCACAGCAUCAACAUGUGGGUCUGCAUGGUCGGGCCGAGCGUCGCCGCCUCCCUCACCGCGCAUCUCGACGACUUCCGCGUGAUGCUGCCGGGGAUGUGGCUGAUGGCCUUCUCCCCCGUCUGGCUGGCCUACGACCCGGGCAUCCCGGCGUCCAUCACGUGGGUGUUCCUCCUCUCCGUCGGCGAAGUGAUCUGGUCGCCGCGCCAAUCGGCGUGGGUGGCCAACUUGGCACCCGACGGACGAGAGGGAGUCUUCCUCGCCCUACUCUCACUCAAGACGCUGGUGACCGCGCUGCCGAGCACCAUGCUCAACGGGUGGCUGAACAUGCACUUCCAGCCCAACUGCGAGUCGUGUCGCGACACGAUCGGCCACUUCUGCUCCGAGUCACUCAACAUCAGCGCGGGCGACGCGCAGAGCCUCGGCGUCAACACCGCCGUCCCUAUGCACGCGUGCCGCGCCGAGGAGAGCGGGCACCUCUGCGUCGGCGGCGACUUCAGCCCACGCCUCGUGACACCCCUCGACUCAUCAUCGUUCCUGCAGUGCCCGAGCACGUGCGUCGAGUGCCCCGGCUGGGAGAGCCACGCGUCUGAGAUGUGGUUCAUCGUUCUCAUCUGCUCCAUCUCGUCGCCCCUCAUGGUCUCACUCAGCCUCAGGUUCCUGCGCGGCGAGACGACAAGGCCACGUCAGCGGGUCGUAUAG